GAUGGCUGGCACAUCAGAAAAGGGAGGCUCUUUGCACACUGGUGGAGCUAUUAGCCAGGUUACUAGGAAGGAAAGAAUGGAAAAAGAGUUGGGUAGGCCAGUAGCUGUAUCAGAGAUGUUCAAGGUUACUCACGUCAAGAAGAGUACGAACCCCACAGAAGAAGAAAGAUGGAUUGAGCCACGUGCUCAAGAGACAUAUGAUAGGUAUAUACGAAUAUCUCAGGAAUAUCGUAGUACUCUACCUCUUGAGAGUCAGGACAGACCAUUUACACAAGAAGAAAAUGAGAAUCUUUGGAAACAGAGUGCUGGUGAACUGAUUAGAGGUUCAGUCUAUGGCUAUCCAGAAAAGGCGUAUCAGAAGAAGAAGUCUUGGUAUUGUGGUUCAUCAUCCUCAAGCUUUGAUGGCGGGGAUAGAGAGACAAUAUCUGCAAUGGAGAGUAAGAUAGCUUAUCUCAAUGCCGAGCUUGCUGUUGUAGCCGAAAGAGAGAAGAAGAGAGAGAAGGAGAUUGCGGCAGCAAAGGAGGUAGAGAACAAGAGGUAUGCAGCGCUUCAGGCCCAACUAACUUUUCUUUUUGAAUCAAGAAGUAUUCUUCCUCCAUGUCCGGCCAAUAGUGAUGGAUCUGAUCAGGAGGGUGAUGAGAAUGAUAAGUCUGAUAAGGAAAGUGAGGGUGAUGAGAAUGGUAAGUCUGAUAAGGAGAGUGAGGGUGAUGAAAAGUGGGCAACUAAAAAUUGCAGCAAUUUGCUGCCUGUCGGAAUCCAAAUUCCAAGAAAAAGAGUCCAUGUAAUUGUCAAUGGUGUAGAUGAAAUUUUUUUUUGUGAAGAUUCAAGAUUAGGUCAUGAUUUUGGGUCCAAAAUAGGUUUACCACAAAAUGCAACCAUAGUACUUGGUGUAGCUGGAAGAUUAGUAAAAGAUAAAGGACACCCUUUACUUCAUGAAGCAUUUUCACAACUCAAAGAAAAAUACCCUAAUGUUUAUUUAAUAGUAGCUGGCUCUGGACCUUGGUUACAAAGGUACAAAGAUUUAGGACCUCAAGUUAUAGUUUUAGGUUCAAUGAAUCCAUCUGAAUUAAAAGCAUUUUAUAACUCAAUAGACAUAUUUGUGAAUCCAACACUUAGACCACAAGGACUUGAUCUUACAUUUAUGGAAGCAAUGAUGAGUGGGAAACCAAUUAUGGCUUCAAGGUUUCCAAGUAUAAAAGGAACAAUUGUUGUGAAUGAUGAAUAUGGAUUUAUGUUUACACCAAAUGUGGAGUCAUUGGUUGAAGCACUUGAAAGAGUAGUUGAAGAAGGAAGAGGGAAAUUAGCAAGAAGAGGAAAGGCUUGUAGGGAAUAUGCAUCUUCUAUGUUCACUGCAAAGAAAAUGGCUUUGGCUUAUGAAAGAUUGUUCCUUUGCAUUAAGAAUGAAACAUUUUGUACCUACCAUUAA